AUGUGCUCUGUACUGCAGGCACAGGAAGUCCCUAUCAUUAUUACAUCCACAACACUCACCAAACACAUAGUCUCUAAUGUGGUAUGCCUCCUUCACAUGCGGGCUGACAAGUUGACGACUAUCCGGUGUUCUAUGGAUAGACCAAAUAUUAAGCUUGGAGUCAAAAAAAUAAUUCACGCACUUCACAGCUACGCUGAUUUAGCGUUCUUGAUACCAGCUGGGUAG